AUGGCCGUAGUGGUGACUUCAUGCGACUUUAACCAAGACAGUGGCCCAUUCUGCGAUUUCAUCCAGGAUAGCACAGACAGCAGUGACUGGACCCGGCACAGAGGUCCAACUCCCACAACUGGCACUGGUCCCAGUGGAGACUACCCUGAUGGAGAGGGAUACUACAUCUAUCACGAGGGGGACAAUGUGUCUAAUGGACAGAAAGCUCGCUUGCUGAGCCCCCCCAUCACCUCAUCAGCCUCUGAGAUCUGUGUUCAGUUCAACUACUACAUGUACGGGAUUGACAAUACCAAUAAUUUGAGAAUUCUGGCAAAAUUACCCAGUAGUGAGGCAGAGGUGUGGAAGAGGACUGGAUUCCAGAGUCCAAACUGGUUGAACGGCUCUGUUACCGUAUCGAAAGCGAGCAGCCAGAGCAUUACCAUCGUCUUUGAGGCUCAGAGAGGCUUAUCUUCUUCUUGUGAUUCAGCUUUGGACAACAUCGUCAUCACUGAAGGAGCAUGUCCCUUUGGAUCCUAUCUGUUGUUGGAUUCCUUCGAGGCUAUACCUGGAGUCAGUGCUCAGAUCACAAGUCCUUUAACAACUCCCUCCUCCUCUGCAUGUCUCGAGCUUACCUUCCAUUACUACCUGUAUGGCACUAGUACUACUAUGCAGAUCAGUGUCCACACGAUCACCACAGAUGAAACCCUCGGACCUGCUCUCUUCACUGUAACGGGGAACCAGGGACAAGGCUGGAAGCCGGCAAACGUCCGCUUUCUGGGAAAUAAUGCUAUUAAGUUUGCAAUUGUGGGUACCUAUGGAGAAACGCCUCAGACAGAUAUUGCUAUCGAUGCUGUUUGUAUCAUGACCUGCACAGGUCAGCCUGUUACACCCAAACCACCAACUGCUGCUCCAACUACACCUAAAACAACAACACCCAAACCACCAACUGCUGCUCCAACUACACCUAAAACAACAACACCCAAACCACCAACUGCUGCUCCAACUACACCUAAAACAACAACACCCAAACCACCAACUGCUGCUCCAACUACACCUAAAACAACAACACCCAAACCACCAACUGCUGCUCCAACUACACCUAAAACAACAACACCCAAACCACCAACUCCUGAACAAACUACACCUAAAACAACAACACCCAAACCACCAACUCCUGAACAAACUACACCUAAAACAACAACACCCAAACCACCAACUCCUGAACAAACUACACCUAAAACAACAACACCCAAACCACCAACUCCUGAACAAACUACACCUAAAACAACAACACCCAAACCACCAACUCCUGAACAAACUACACCUAAAACAACAACACCCAAACCACCAACUCCUGAACAAACUACAUCUAAACCACCAAACCCCUGUCCUCCUAACGCAGAGUAUAUAGAGUGCGGUCCAGCUUGUAUACCCACCUGUAUGGAACCCUCCACCAAUUGCUCCGGCUCCUGUAUCAGUGGCUGCUUCUGCAAACCAGGCUUUGUUUUUAAGGGACGGCGUUGCAUACCACUGGAGAGUUGUGGCUGUUUAGACGAUGAGAAUAACUAUUAUGAGCCUGGUGAGAUCGUAUUUGGAGAUGGCUGCGCAAAGCUGUGUCGCUGUGCAGGGAACUACACUUUGGAAUGUGUUGAUAACUCCUGUGACCCCACUGAAGAGUGUCGGGAAGUUAAUGGUGUAGCAGGCUGUUAUCCUAAAGGUACAUCCACGUGCGUUGCAUCUGGCGAUCCACACUACACCAGCUUUGACAAACGCAAAUAUGACUUCAUGGGCAACUGCAGCUAUCUGAUGUCUAGUCCAUGCAAUGACACAACUGUGCCCUACUUUGAGGUCCAUACUGACAAUGAAAACCGGUAUAACAGGCCGACCAUCUCCUAUGUGAAUGCCGUACAUGUAUACGCACAGAUGAUAAAGAUCUCCAUUCUCAAAGGUGGCACUGUGCAGGUUAAUGGGACCAAUGUCAAUCUGCCACUGUCCCCGGCCCCUGGUAUUUCUGUGUUCAAGUCAGGAAAACACUACACUGUCUCCAUGAACUUUGGUGUGACGGUUCGCUAUGAUGGAAACUCCUUCAUGGACAUUAAAGUAAUCGAAGACUAUCAUAACAAGCUGUGUGGCCUGUGUGGCAACUAUGAUGGAGAUACCAAAGAUGACUUCCGCAAACCAGAUGGAAGCUUAGCUGAAAAUGCCAAUGACUUUGGACACAGUUGGAACAUGAAUCCAGAAUGUAAUGAGAAACCCAACACUACCAUCCCUGGGUGCAAUGAAGAAGAACAGGAACUGUAUGAAAGCUCUGGAUAUUGUGGCAUUCUGCUGGACAAAAAUGGACCUUUUGCUGUGUGCCAUCCCAAAGUCAACCCCAAUAAUUACUUCAGGGACUGUGUCUUUGACUUGUGUGAGCUGGAUGGUGCCAAGCCCAUUUUGUGUGAAGCCAUUGAAGCCUAUGUCAAUGAAUGCCAAGAUCGUGGGGUCAACCUUGGACCAUGGAGGAAUGAAACCUUCUGCCCACUGAGCUGUCCCCCAAACAGCCACUACGAACCUUGUGCAGAUCCUUGUCAGGAAACAUGCUUUGGAAAACCCCCCUCCUGCUCUGGUCCCUGCUCUGAGUCCUGUGUGUGUGAUCCCAGCUAUGUCCUGAGUGCUGGCAAGUGCGUUAAGGAGAACAUGUGUGGCUGCAACCACACGAACGGCCAGUAUUAUGAGCCUGGAGAGGAGUUUUUUGAGGAAGACUGCAAGCGAAAAUGUUGGUGUGGUGCAGCUGGAAUUACCUGUGAAGCCUCUGAGUGCCCCCCAAUGCAUGAAUGUAAACUUCAGGAUGGAGAGCUGGGCUGCUAUCCUACGAGUUUUCAGGAUUGUGUAGUUUCUGGGGAUCCACACUACAACACCUUUGACAAGAAGUACUACAGCUUCAUGGGAACCUGUACUUACACACUGGCCAGAAGCUGUAGGAACAGCACAGGCCCUUGGUUCUCUGUGGAGGCAAAGAAUGAAGAGAGAGGAGUUGCAGGAGUGUCAUACCUGAGGAAGCUAUAUGUGACAGUGGAUGGAAUUACUGUGACCCUGAUGAAGAGCAGUAGAACACUGGUGAACGGAGUACGGGUGGCUCUGCCCCACUCCCCCUCUCCUCUCAUGUCUAUUAGUCUUGCUGGUCACUCCUACUAUGACCAAAUGUGUGGCCUUUGUGGUGACUAUGAUGGGAACCCAGACAAUGACUUCACUAAACCAGAUGGCACUGUGGCAGGAAAUAGUAAUGACUUUGGGAACAGCUGGCAGACCAAAGACGAUGAAGAUGACUCAUGUACCCCAGGAACAAAGCCUGAUCCAGACUGUGACCCCAACUUGGAAGCUGAAGUUGUAAAACCAGAGAAAUGUGGUAAAAUUACAGACCCUACUGGACCCUUCCGGGAGUGCAUCAGUGUAGUUAAUCCCACUCCAUUCUUCCAAAGCUGUGUGUAUGACAUGUGUCAGUUCAACGGACAGCAGCAUGUGCUGUGUGACCAGCUCCAGGCCUACACUGACGCAUGUCAUAGUGCUGGAGCCAAAGUCUACCAAUGGAGAACUCCAGACUUCUGCCCUCUGACCUGUCCUCCCAAUAGCUCCUACUCCCUUUGUGUGAAUUCAUGUCCUGAGACAUGUCUUGGUGUGGUGGGACCACCUGGCUGUGAGGAAGUGUGUGUAGAGGGUUGUGAGUGUAACCCUGGCUUCAUUCUCAGUGAUGACAAAUGUGUGGAACUGAGAGACUGUGGUUGUGUGGACCCCAGUGGAACCUAUCACCCUGUGGGCGAUGACUGGUACUUGGAGGGUUGUGAACAAAAGUGUAUGUGUCACAGUGGAGGUCUGCUACAGUGUCAUAACACCAGCUGUAACCCAACUACUGAGAGCUGCCAACUACAAGAUGGAGAAUAUGAAUGCCACCCUCUGGACCUGUGUCCUCCUAACGCAGAGUAUAUAGAGUGUGGUCCAGCUUGCAUUCCUACAUGUAUGGAACCCUCUACCAACUGUUCUGGCUCCUGCAUCACUGGGUGUUUCUGCAAACCAGGCUUUGUCUUCAAAGGACGGCACUGCGUGCCACUGGACAAGUGUGGUUGUUUAGAUGACAACAAUAACUAUUAUGAGCCUGGUGAGAUAGUAUUUGGAGAUGGCUGCACAAAGCUGUGUCGCUGUGUAGGGAACUACACUUUGGAAUGUGUUGAUAACUCCUGUGACCCCACUGAAGAGUGUCGAGAGGUUAAUGGUGUUGCAGGCUGUUAUCCUAAAGGUACAUCCACAUGCAUUGCAUCUGGCGAUCCACACUACACCAGCUUUGACAAACGCAAAUAUGACUUCAUGGGCAACUGCAGCUAUCUGAUGUCUAGUCCAUGCAAUGACACAACUGUGCCCUACUUUGAGGUCCAUACUGACAAUGAAAACCGGUAUAACAGGCCGACCAUCUCCUAUGUGAAUGCCGUACAUGUAUACGCACAGAUGAUAAAGAUCUCCAUUCUCAAAGGUGGCACUGUGCAGGUUAAUGGGACCAAUGUCAAUCUGCCACUGUCCCCGGCCCCUGGUAUUUCUGUGUUCAAGUCAGGAAAACACUACACUGUCUCCAUGAACUUUGGUGUGACGGUUCGAUAUGAUGGAAACUCCUUCAUGGACAUUAAAGUAAUCGAAGACUAUCAUAACAAGCUGUGUGGCCUGUGUGGCAACUAUGAUGGAGAUACCAAAGAUGACUUCCGCAAACCAGAUGGAAGCUUAGCUGAAAAUGCCAAUGACUUUGGACACAGUUGGAACAUGAAUCCAGAAUGUAAUGAGAAACCCAACACUACCAUCCCUGGGUGCAAUGAAGAAGAACAGGAACUGUAUGAAAGCUCUGGAUAUUGUGGCAUUCUGCUGGACAAAAAUGGACCUUUUGCUGUGUGCCAUCCCAAAGUCAACCCCAAUAAUUACUUCAGGGACUGUGUCUUUGACUUGUGUGAGCUGGAUGGUGCCAAGCCCAUUUUGUGUGAAGCCAUUGAAGCCUAUGUCAAUGAAUGCCAAGAUCGUGGGGUCAACCUUGGACCAUGGAGGAAUGAAACCUUCUGCCCACUGAGCUGUCCCCCAAACAGCCACUACGAACCUUGUGCAGAUCCUUGUCAGGAAACAUGCUUUGGAAAACCCCCCUCCUGCUCUGGUCCCUGCUCUGAGUCCUGUGUGUGUGAUCCCAGCUAUGUCCUGAGUGCUGGCAAGUGCGUUAAGGAGAACAUGUGUGGCUGCAACCACACGAACGGCCAGUAUUAUGAGCCUGGAGAGGAGUUUUUUGAGGAAGACUGCAAGCGAAAAUGUUGGUGUGGUGCAGCUGGAAUUACCUGUGAAGCCUCUGAGUGCCCCCCAAUGCAUGAAUGUAAACUUCAGGAUGGAGAGCUGGGCUGCUAUCCUACGAGUUUUCAGGAUUGUGUAGUUUCUGGGGAUCCACACUACAACACCUUUGACAAGAAGUACUACAGCUUCAUGGGAACCUGUACUUACACACUGGCAAGAAGCUGUAGGAACAGCACAGGCCCUUGGUUCUCUGUGGAGGCAAAGAAUGAAGAGAGAGGAGUUGCAGGAGUGUCAUACCUGAGGAAGCUAUAUGUGACAGUGGAUGGAAUUACUGUGACCCUGAUGAAGAGCAGUAGAACACUGGUGAACGGAGUACGGGUGGCUCUGCCCCACUCCCCCUCUCCUCUCAUGUCUAUUAGUCUUGCUGGUCAGUUCAUCACGCUUCAAACAUCCUUUGGCUUGAGGGUGCGUUGGGAUGGAAACCAUUAUGCCCAGAUCUCAGUUCCCAGCUCCUACUAUGACCAAAUGUGUGGCCUUUGUGGUGACUAUGAUGGGAACCCAGACAAUGACUUCACUAAACCAGAUGGCACUGUGGCAGGAAAUAGUAAUGACUUUGGGAACAGCUGGCAGACCAAAGACGAUGAAGAUGACUCAUGUACCCCAGGAACAAAGCCUGAUCCAGACUGUGACCCCAACUUGGAAGCUGAAGUUGUAAAACCAGAGAAAUGUGGUAAAAUUACAGACCCUACUGGACCCUUCCGGGAGUGCAUCAGUGUAGUUAAUCCCACUCCAUUCUUCCAAAGCUGUGUGUAUGACAUGUGUCAGUUCAACGGCCAGCAGCACGUGCUGUGUGACCAGCUCCAGGCCUACACUGACGCAUGUCAUAGUGCUGGAGCCAAAGUCUACCAAUGGAGAACUCCAGACUUCUGCCCUCUGACCUGUCCUCCCAAUAGCUCCUACUCCCUUUGUGUGAGUUCAUGUCCUGAGACAUGUCUUGGUGUGGUGGGACCACCUGGCUGUGAGGAAGUGUGUGUGGAGGGUUGUGAGUGUAACCCUGGCUUCAUUCUCAGUGAUGACAAAUGUGUGGAACUGAGAGACUGUGGUUGUGUGGACCCCAGUGGAACCUAUCACCCUGUGGGCGAUGACUGGUACUUGGAGGGUUGUGAACAAAAGUGUAUGUGUCACAGUGGAGGUCUGCUACAGUGUCAUAACACCAGCUGUAACCCAACUACUGAGAGCUGCCAACUACAAGAUGGAGAAUAUGAAUGCCACCCUCUGGACCUGUGUCCUCCUAACGCAGAGUAUAUAGAGUGUGGUCCAGCUUGCAUUCCUACAUGUAUGGAACCCUCUACCAACUGUUCUGGCUCCUGCAUCACUGGGUGUUUCUGCAAACCAGGCUUUGUCUUCAAAGGACGGCACUGCGUGCCGCUGGACAAGUGUGGUUGUUUAGAUGACAACAAUAACUAUUAUGAGCCUGGUGAGAUAGUAUUUGGAGAUGGCUGCACAAAGCUGUGUCGCUGUGUAGGGAACUACACUUUGGAAUGUGUUGAUAACUCCUGUGACCCCACUGAAGAGUGUCGAGAGGUUAAUGGUGUUGCAGGCUGUUAUCCUAAAGGUACAUCCACAUGCAUUGCAUCUGGCGAUCCACACUACACCAGCUUUGACAAACGCAAAUAUGACUUCAUGGGCAACUGCAGCUAUCUGAUGUCUAGUCCAUGCAAUGACACAACUGUGCCCUACUUUGAGGUCCAUACUGACAAUGAAAACCGGUAUAACAGGCCGACCAUCUCCUAUGUGAAUGCCGUACAUGUAUACGCACAGAUGAUAAAGAUCUCCAUUCUCAAAGGUGGCACUGUGCAGGUUAAUGGGACCAAUGUCAAUCUUCCACUGUCUCCGUCCCCUGGUAUUUCUGUGUUCAAGUCAGGAAAACACUACACUGUCUCCAUGAACUUUGGUGUGACGGUUCGCUAUGAUGGAAACGCCUUCAUGGACAUCAAAGUAAUCGAAGACUAUCAGAACAAGCUGUGUGGCCUGUGUGGCAACUAUGAUGGAGAUACUAAAGAUGACUUCCGCAAACCAGAUGGAAGCUUAGCUGAAAAUGCCAAUGACUUUGGACACAGUUGGAACAUGAAUCCAGAAUGUAAUGAGAAACCCAACACUACCAUCCCUGGGUGCAAUGAAGAAGAACAGGAACUGUAUGAAAGCUCUGGAUAUUGUGGCAUUCUGCUGGACAAAAAUGGACCUUUUGCUGUGUGCCAUCCCAAAGUCAACCCCAAUAAUUACUUCAGGGACUGUGUCUUUGACUUGUGUGAGCUGGAUGGUGCCAAGCCCAUUUUGUGUGAAGCCAUUGAAGCCUAUGUCAAUGAGUGCCAAGAUCGUGGGGUCAACCUUGGACCAUGGAGGAAUGAAACCUUCUGCCCACUGAGCUGUCCCCCAAACAGCCACUACGAACCUUGUGCAGAUCCUUGUCAGGAAACAUGCUUUGGAAAACCCCCCUCCUGCUCUGGUCCCUGCUCUGAGUCCUGUGUGUGUGAUCCCAGCUAUGUCCUGAGUGCUGGCAAGUGCGUUAAGGAGAACAUGUGUGGCUGCAACCACACGAACGGCCAGUAUUAUGAGCCUGGAGAGGAGUUUUUUGAGGAAGACUGCAAGCGAAAAUGUUGGUGUGGUGCAGCUGGAAUUACCUGUGAAGCCUCUGAUGGAGAGCUGGGCUGCUAUCCUACGAGCUUUCAGGAUUGUGUAGUUUCUGGGGAUCCACACUACAACACCUUUGACAAGAAGUACUACAGCUUCAUGGGAACCUGUACUUACACACUGGCCAGAAGCUGUAGGAACAGCACAGGCCCUUGGUUCUCUGUGGAGGCAAAGAAUGAAGAGAGAGGAGUUGCAGGAGUGUCAUACCUGAGGAAGCUAUAUGUGACAGUGGAUGGAAUUACUGUGACCCUGAUGAAGAGCAGUAGAACACUGGUGAACGGAGUACGGGUGGCUCUGCCCCACUCCCCUUCCUCUCAUUUUGGCUUGAGGGUGCGUUGGGAUGGAAACCAUUAUGCCCAGAUCUCAGUUCCCAGCUCCUACUAUGACCAAAUGUGUGGCCUUUGUGGUGACUAUGAUGGGAACCCAGACAAUGACUUCACUAAACCAGAUGGCACUGUGGCAGGAAAUAGUAAUGACUUUGGGAACAGCUGGCAGACCAAAGACGAUGAAGAUGACUCUAUUGACCAGAUGUACCCAGGAACAAAGCCUGAUCCAGACUGUGACCCCAACUUGGAAGCUGAAGUUGUAAAACCAGAGAAAUGUGGUAAAAUUACAGACCCUACUGGACCCUUCCGGGAGUGCAUCAGUGUAGUUAAUCCCACUCCAUUCUUCCAAAGCUGUGUGUAUGACAUGUGUCAGUUCAACGGCCAGCAGCACGUGCUGUGUGACCAGCUCCAGGCCUACACUGACGCAUGUCAUAGUGCUGGAGCCAAAGUCUACCAAUGGAGAACUCCAGACUUCUGCCCUCUGACCUGUCCUCCCAAUAGCUCCUACUCCCUUUGUGUGAGUUCAUGUCCUGAGACAUGUCUUGGUGUGGUGGGACCACCUGGCUGUGAGGAAGUGUGUGUGGAGGGUUGUGAGUGUAACCCUGGCUUCAUUCUCAGUGAUGACAAAUGUGUGGAACUGAGAGACUGUGGUUGUGUGGACCCCAGUGGAACCUAUCACCCUGUGGGCGAUGACUGGUACUUGGAGGGUUGUGAACAAAAGUGUAUGUGUCACAGUGGAGGUCUUCUACAGUGUCAUAACACCAGCUGUAACCCAACUACUGAGAGCUGCCAACUACAAGAUGGAGAAUAUGAAUGCCACCCUCUGGGAAAUGGUAUCUGCUCAGUUUCUGGUGAUCCUCACUACAUAACCUUUGAUAAACGUACUCACCAUUACAUGGGUUCAUGCUCCUACACCUUGACCAAACCCUGCAAUGUCUCCUCUGGCUUGCCACAUUUCACGGUCCAUACCCAGAAUGAGCACAGAGGAAGUAAUAAGAAGGUUUCCUAUGUGAGGGCUGUGGUGAUCAAUGUGAAUGGUAUCACUGUCAUCCUUGGCAAGGGACACACGGUCCAGGUCAAUGGCACUGCGGUUGUUCCACCUGUUACCUCCAUCAGGGGAGUUAAGAUCUACUUGAGUGGAAAGUUUGUUGUCUUAGAAACAUCUUUUAAUCUGAGGGUGCGUUUUGAUGGAAACCAUCAUGCUGAUGUCACUUUGCCAACUUCCUACAAUGGCCUACUCUGUGGGAUGUGUGGAAAUUUCAAUGGGAACCCUAACGAUGACAACUUGAAACCAGAUAACACACCAGCUGCUAACACCAAUGAGCUAGGAGACAGCUGGCAGGUUGCUGACUCAGACCCCGACUGUACUGAUGGUACAGAAGAAGAAGAUUGUGAUGUAAAGGUGGAGGAAGAGGCCACGAAGCCUACCAGCUGUGGCAUGAUCACUGAUCCCAACGGAAUCUUUAAGCCCUGCCACGCUGUUGUAUCCCCUGAGCCAUACUUUGAGAGUUGUGUAUUCGACAUGUGUGCCACUGGAGGUGAGACCGUGGCUCUGUGCCAGGCCAUAGAGACCUACGCCGACAUGUGUGCUGCUGCAGGAGUCCCCAUCGAAUGGAGGACGAACACCUUCUGUCCUCUGAAGUGCCCCCCAGGCAGUCAUUACACCUCAUGCGGCCCUGCAUGUCCUCAGCCGAGCUGUCAGAACCCUGCAGGACACGGCGGCUCUUGCGAUCUUCCCUGUGUGGAGGGCUGCAUCUGUGACACUGGCCUCAUCCUCAGCGGAGACAAAUGUGUCCCAAUCAGCCAGUGUGGAUGCACUGAUGGUGAUGGGAAAUACAGGCCGGUUGGAGACACUUGGUUCACAAAGGCUGACUGCUCAGAGCAAUGCAAGUGUGCUGGAAACAACAACAUCAGCUGUGAGUCUUGGCAGUGCAGCCCUGCACAGGAGUGCAAAGUGGUGGAAGGAGUACUAGGCUGUCAUUCUACAGGUAAAGGAGUGUGUCAUGUAGCUGGAGAUCCGCACUACUACACUUUUGAUGGUGUGAUGCAUACGUUCAUGGGAACUUGCACAUAUACUCUGGUGGAGGUGUGCAACGCCACCCAAGUCACUCCUUUCAACAUAGUGGCUAAGAAUGAGGAACGUGGUCAACCAGAGGCAUCAUAUGUUCGCUCUGUGAAAGUCACCCUGUACCCUGGCACUGUUAUUGAACUGCAAAAGGGCCGCAGAGUUCUGGUGAACGGACAGCGGGUGAAAACCCCAGUUUCCGUUGACUUGGCUGGAGCUAAAGUGAUAACCAGUGGAGCCUAUAGUCUGCUGGACACAAACUUUGGUCUACAGGUGAAAUUUGACGGAGUCCAUCACGUUGAGAUCACUGUUCCAGGAGAAUAUUUUGAUAAGGUGUGUGGCAUGUGUGGAAACUACAACCAGAACCCCUCUGAUGACAACCUAAUGCCCAACAAGAAACCAGCCAAGGAUGACAUUGAACUGGGAAACAGCUGGAAAUCAAAUGGAGACAGUGAUCCUGGUUGUCAGCCAGACACCCGUCCAGACAUCCACCCAAAGUGUAGCAAAGAAGAAGAGAUGCUGUAUGAGGCUCAGUGUGGUGGGGUCAUUCUCUCCAAUAACUUCAAGCCGUGCCACGCUCUAGUGCCCCCUGAGGCUUUCCUGGCUAACUGCGUCUAUGACAUGUGCGAGUAUGACGGCAUGCAGACUACGCUCUGUGACAACGUGGAGGCAUAUGCUCAGGCCUGUCAGAGUGCCGGUGUCACCAUCAGCUGGAGAAACAGCAGCUUUUGCCCCCUGCCCUGUCUUCCUAACAGCCACUACUCAGACUGCACAGCCCCCUGCCCUCCCACGUGCUCUGACCUCUUCCCUGUCUUCUGCCAUCUGCCUCCAACUACUUGUCUCGAGGGCUGCCAGUGCAAUGCUGGUUACGUCCUCAGUGACGGCAAGUGUGUUACUCUGGACCAGUGUGGCUGUCUGGACUCAAACAGGGAGUACCAUGAUGUAGGAGAUUUGUGGCUAACAGAUAAAUGCACUGAGUCGUGUACCUGUAACCCUGGUGGUGAAGUCAGAUGUGAGGACCACAGCUGUAAUUCGAAUUCACUGUGUGACCUGGACAAGAAUGGAAACCGCUACUGCAGACCCACCGAGUUCAAUCAGUGCAGCAUCUGUGGGGAUCCUCACUACCUAACAUUCGAUGGCUUCAAGCAUCACUUCCAAGGUGUCGACACCUAUGAACUUGCUCUGGGUCACAACCUGUCGAGCUCCCUGACGCCCCUGGUGGUGAGAGGAAAGAACGUUAGACGUGGAAUGAACAAGAGGGUGUCGUUCCUGGAGGAGAUGGACAUCAAUGUUUACGGUGUCAAUGUUAAAUUCCUGCAGAAGAAGACUGUCCUGGUCAACGGGGAGUAUGUAACACCUCCUCUCACACCAGUUGAUGGUUUGACCAUCACAAGGAACUCCAGGCAGAUCCAGCUCACCACUGACUUUGGACUCACUGUACGCUUUGAUGGCAACAGUCGAGGAGAAAUCAUACUUCCUGGUACCUAUAAGAAUUCUGUUAGAGGACUGUGUGGGAACUAUGAUGGCAUCACCAGAAAUGAAUACAUGAAGCCAGAUGGGACAGUAGUCAGGGAUCUUAAAGAAUUUGGAGAUAGUUGGAAGGUCAAUGAUCGACCUGCCAACAGACUUAGGAUCUUGGACCGUCCUAUCCGUGCACUGAGACAAGAAGCAGAGACUGAUCCAGACUCAGGGUUCGAGGUGUCAGACUGCUCUCAGUCACAGCUCAGCGACUACAACAGCCCGACGAAGUGUGGGGCGCUGUCUGAUUCCAGUGGGCCAUUUGCUGCCUGCCACGCCACCGUGUCACCCCAAAUCUACCAGGAUGACUGUCUGUUUGACCUGUGUGCUGAGGGAGGCAGUGAAGCUAUGCGCUGUGCCAGUUAUGAAGCAUAUGCAGCAGCUUGUCAACAGGCUGGAGUUACAUUAGGAUUGUGGAGGCAGCAGCUGGACUGCGUCCUCUCUUGCACCGCCAACAGCACUUACUCCCCCUGCAUGUCAUCUUGCCCCGCCUCCUGCGCCAACCUGGCAGCACCCUCGGAGUGUGAAGUCACUUCGUGUGUCGAAGGCUGCCAGUGUGCCGCCGGCUUUGUUAUGAGUGAGGGGACUUGUGUGCCAUAUGCACAGUGUGGCUGCACCUUCCUAAACAGAUACUACCCUCUCAAAGAGAAGUUUGUGACCGAGGACUGCUCUCAGUCUUGUGAGUGUAGCAGUACCGGUGCUGUGUGUGAGCCGAAGACCUGCCAGGACGCUUACGUGUGCACCAUCUACAACUUCAAACGUGACUGCUACAAAGCAAGUCCCUGCCUCAAUUACCCCUGUUUGAACGAAGGCACAUGUCAGGACUCAGGCAACAACACGUACACCUGUCUGUGUGCAGAAGGCUUUGAAGGCACAAACUGUGAGAUGGAAGUGAUGCCACCCACCGGUGGAGGACUUGAAACUAAGUGGAUUAUCCUGAUUGCGGUUCUGGUCCCAGUUGCUGUCAUUAUCAUCACCGUGACUACCAUUGUUCUUGUUUGCAAAAAGAAAACCAUGAAAAAGAAGAAGAAGGAGACAAAUAUCAGCAUGGAAUCAACAAGUGUUCCAUACACAAACAUUGAUAACCAGAAAAAGGAGAAAGUCACUGCUUUUUGAUGACAAACUUCAAUGAAACUAUUUUUUCUCUAUGUAACCACUUGUCAUGUCAAAGAAGAGUAAAAAUGAAGAUAAGACUUGCUUAUUUGUUUAUUUGUUGCUUUUUUAAGUUAUGCUUGAACAUGUCAUUUGAAGUGAAUGUUUAAUUAAAUAAAUAGUUA